GCCGGAGCCUCUGCUGUUCUGUUGUUAAACCCCCCUCCCCCCGGGAAAGAAAUCAAACCAAAUUCUACCUACUAUCAACACGCUAAUGCUCCACUUUCCCCGACUUUUUAUCUGACAAACCACGGCCGGUUUAAACAUGUCGGAGGAGCAGCCGGAGGGGGGAGCGGAGCGGGCCGGGAGCGGCAGCGGCGCGGACGGGACCCCCUCCUCCAGGUUCCUGCAGGCUGAGCUGGAGCUGAACGCCCACCUGCGGCGGCUGAGCUUCGGCCAGCCCGUCUGCUACAUCUACAACCCGCUGGAGUACGCCUGGGACACGCACCGCUGCUACGUGGAGAAGUACUGCCAGCCCGGCAAGAGGUUCCUGUUUCUGGGGAUGAAUCCGGGUCCUUUCGGCAUGGCCCAGACCGGGGUGCCUUUCGGUGAGGUGAAGUCGGUGGUCGACUGGCUGAAGAUCACCGGGGACGUCGGCCAUCCUGACAACGAGCACCCGAAGCGGCGGAUCACCGGCCUCUCGUGCACUCAGAGCGAAGUCAGCGGCGCACGUUUCUGGGGAUUAUUCAGGAAGCUGUGCGGCGAGCCCGAGCGCUUCUUCCAGCACUGCUUCGUGCACAACCUCUGCCCGUUAAUCUUCAUGAACGCCAACGGGAAGAAUUUAACGCCCCCCGAGCUGAAGGCGGCCGAGCGCGACGCCUUGCUGGCCCUGUGCGACAUCGCGCUGUGCCAGGUGGUGGAGGCGCUGGGCGUCUCCAUGGUGAUCGGCGUGGGGAAGCUGGCGGAGCAGCGGGCGCGGCGGGCUCUGUCCGCCGCCGGCAUCAGCGACGUCCGAGUGGAAGGCAUCUUGCACCCGUCGCCGAGGAGCGCCCAGGCCAACAAGGGCUGGGAGGAGGUGGCCAAGGCCAAGCUGGAGGAGCUCGGCGUCUUGUCUCUGCUGUGUGAGACGUGAGCCAAUCAGGCUGCAGCGAAACUCCGAGCGGGUUCAGGACGAGAGAAGCUCAUCAGAGACUCUCUGAUCACAGCUUCAUGUGUGUGUCUUAACACACACCAAGGACAGUCUGUCAGACACUAACUUUAAUCAGCUCUGCUCCUAAAACAGUUUCUGCACUAAUGUACAAGGUACAUUUCAAGUUUAAUUCCAAAAUGUAAGCUCAGGGUUUGGCUGUGUGUGUCAGUAUGCAGUUUUGUGUUUGUGUGUUUUAUUAGUGAGCCCAUUGUUUACACUAAAAUCAUAGUCCCACAAAUGAAGACAGCAUCGUCUGGUGGUUUCACUCCUACACAUAAAAUAAUUGAAGUCUAAAGUUUUUAUACCUGAUAAUUAAAAUGUAUCAUGAUGAAAUUACAGGAAGACUUUAAACUCAUUUGUGGUUCAAACUUCCAGUUCAGCUCUCGACUGUAACUCCUGAAAUGUAAAGGACUGUGAUGCUCACUGUGAUGCUUUCCUCACUGUACUGUUCUUUUAUUAAUGCGUUUGUAGUCAUUUUUUAUUUCAUAUGAUCUCUAUUUUUUAUUCUUUAUACUCAGUGCUGCACAGAGUUGCAGAUUUUCUUUUUUGCAUCAAGGCUGUUGAAGUUGAAAGAAGCAGUUUGAAUAAACAAAGCAUCUUGAA